AUGGAUCAGCGCAUGGGUAGUAAUAUUCAGGGGCCAUCGUUGAUCAAAGUACCUGGCUGGGUGAAAGAUCCGCUGGGUGCGUAUUACCUGUAUUUUGCAGAUCACCGUGGCAGCUAUAUCCGUAUGGCCUAUGCCAAUUCAUUGACCGGUCGUGACGCACCACUGUACGCGCACAUUGCGUCGCCUGAUGUCCAUGUGCGCGAAGACCUCCAACAAAUCGUGAUGUAUCUGCAUGGCAGAGAUGAAGGCAAACAGCUCACUCGCCUGGCCGUUUCUGGAGAUGGCAUUCAUUUCGAGGGUAAGUCAGAGGUGUUGGGUCGCCCUUAUUUUCGGGUGAUCAAUCAUGAGGGCUACUACUACGCUAUGAGUAUGCCCGGUUAUCUGUAUCGCUCGCAAAAUGGCUUGAGCGAGUAUGAAGCCGGACCACGUUUCUUUUCAGAUGACAUGCGCCACUCGGCGUUGUUGAUUCGCGAUGGCUUGCUGCAUGUUUUUUACACUCAGAGGGGCGAUGCGCCUGAACGCAUUCUGCUUGCAACAAUUGAUAUGGCCGGCGACUGGCUGAAAUGGCAGGCCUCAGCGCCGAUCGAAGUUCUGCGCCCCGAGACUGUUUGGGAAGGUGCUAACCUGCCUAUUGAAGCUUCGCGCGCUGGGUAUGUGAAUGUGCCAGUCAACCAAUUGCGGGACCCGGCUGUCUACCAGGAGAAUGGGGAAAGCUAUUUGUUGUAUGCCGUAGCCGGUGAAGGCGAUUUUAGGGACCAAGAGCUGAUGGCCUGGUAUAAAGAUCCAUUGCUCUUUUUUCUGCUGGUCGGCACCGUCAUUUUCGCGUUCUCUCAGUGGGCUUCGCAAAAAGAUGGUGAGUACAACAUUGUCGUUGGCGAAGCAGACAUUCAGCGCCUGAAAGACCAGUGGUCCAUGCAGAUGCGACGGCCGCCGAACAGCCAGGAACUGAAAGGUCUGGUCGAUCAGUUUAUCAAAGAAGAAAUUUACUAUAGAGAAGCUAUGCGUUUGGGGCUGGACGCAAACGAUACUAUUGUGCGGCGACGCAUGGUGCAGAAGCUGACCUUUCUGACCGAGGACAUCGCCACCUCAGGGGCGUUCACUGAAGAGGCGCUGCGAGCCUUCUAUCAGGACAACCUGAGCACCUACCGGCUGGCUGAUCAGUACAGUUUCAAACAUCGAUAUUUUUCCGAAGACCGGCGCGAUAACGCCCGGGUAGAUGCUGCAGCCGCGCUUGCGGACAGUACAAUUACAGGUGACCCAUUUAUGCUGCAACGGCAAUACGCGCUGCGUUCUGAGCGCGAAAUUGGUGAUCUGUUUGGGCGCGAGUUUGCAGCAAGCCUGGUUAAUAUGCAGCCGCAGGAUAUUUGGCAGGGGCCAAUUCAGUCCGCCUACGGCUGGCACGUGAUCCUUCUGACUGACAAAAGGUCUGCCUCGGUACAAUCCUUUACAAGCGUACGUGGACGCGUCCUGGGCGAUGCUCAGCAGGCAGCGCGCGAUGAUGCCAACACUCGCUAUUUUGAAGAACUGCGAGCGCAAUACAACAUUGUUUAUGCUGAUCCAGUCCCUUAA